AUGGAUCGUAAAAUUAAGCUAAAAUCUCUAAACCCUUACAUAACGUGCAAUAUCUGCAAAGGCUACUUAAUCGACGCCACUGCCAUAACAGAAUGCCUUCACACAUUUUGUAAAAGUUGCCUUAUUAAACAUUUAGAAGCCAACACCAACUGCCCCACUUGCGAUAUGGUCAUACACCAUUCGUACCCCCGGCAGUACAUUAAUUUCGACCGAACGAUGCAAGACAUAGUCUAUAAAUUAGUCCCAGGACUACAAGAGAGUGAAAUCGAGCGGGAACAGCAAUUUUACAGACAACGGGGGCUGCCAUGCCCCAAAGAAAUGCUCAUAGGGGAGGAGACCAAAGAGAAAUCACCGGAACCGGACGAUGGGAAUCAAGAGGAAUUAAUUAACCUAUGUCUAGAAUGCGCAUUCACAAAUCAAAUCAAACAAGUUUUUGUGAGGGUUCCUACGCGAACGACUGUCUUAUAUUUAAAGAAAUUUAUCGCCAGGAAAAUAUUUAAAAUUGAGGAUUUGCACAGUGUUGUUGUUUUUUGCAAUUGUGAAGAGGUGGACGAGAGGGACACAAUGAAGUACAUUUAUUUGAGCAAGUGGAAGUUUGAUGAUGUGCCUUUAGUGCUGAAAUGCCAGCAGAAAAUUAAGACUUGA